CUGCUGGACGCCGCCAUCCCCACUGCUCCGCUCUCCCACUGAUGUGCUGUGUCUCCCCCCCUCUCUCUCCUGCUCUCCUGCUCCUCCUCUCUCAUCUCCUCCCUCCCCCCUCCCCUCCCUCCUCCUUAAUCUCCCAGAUUGCCGGCGACUUGCUGCAGAGUCGAUGCUGCAGUUCUGAGCCGCUCCUGCACCGGGACAGCUGACUCCAUGAGAAAGACAUGCUCGCUUUCGUGUUGGUCUCUGGGUCGCUCUGGAUUAUUUUAGAGCUGAGUUCCACCCUCAUGGAGAAGAUGCAGGCCCAGGAGAUGAUGAGCGGCCUGAGGAUACCGGAGAUGGACGACAUCGGCCAGUUCUUCCGCUCCCUGCCAACCUCCACACUGGUCGGCAUCGGCGCUCUGACCGCCGUGCUGGCGUACUGGCUGGCCACCAGACCCCGGCCCAUCAGUCCACCCUGCAGCCUGCUACACCAGUCUGAGGAGGUGCCUCAUGAAGAUGGUGGUCGCAGGUCCAUGAUGGGCGACGGAUCCAAGCUACUGACUCAUUACCAUGACGACGCCAGGACCAUGUAUGAGGUCUUCCAGCGAGGACUCCACAUAUCUGGUGAUGGACCUUGCUUGGGAUCGCGGCUCCCGAACCAGCCUUACAAAUGGCUGUCCUACAAAGAGGUCACAGCCCGAGCCGAGCAUCUGGGCUCCGGCCUGCUGCACCAGGGCUGCCAGCCGGACCCCAACCAGUUCAUCGGAGUGUUUGCCCAGAACAGGCCAGAGUGGAUCAUCUCAGAGUUAGCAUGCUACACCUACUCCAUGGUGGUGGUUCCCCUUUAUGACACUCUGGGCCCGGACGCCAUACGGUUCAUCAUUAAUACUGCGGACAUCUCCACGGUCAUCUGCGACAAAGUAGAGAAAGCUCAGGUGCUAAUAGAUCACGUGGAGCGGAAGGAGACGCUGGGCCUGCGAAGAAUCAUCCUGAUGGACGCCUUCGACAACGCCCUGGUGGAGCGCGGCAGGGACUGCAGCGUCCAUGUGCAGGCCAUACAGGAAGUGGAGGCUCUGGGCAGAGAACACUACAGAAAACCUAUACCACCAGCACCAGACGACUUGUCCAUUGUCUGUUUCACCAGUGGAACCACAGGAAACCCGAAGGGUGUCAUGCUCACCCAUGGGAACGUAGUGGCGGAUUUCUCAGGCUUCCUCAAAGUCACAGAUAAAGUCAUAUGCCCAAACCAAGACGACUGCCUCAUUUCCUUCCUCCCACUGGCUCACAUGUUCGAGAGACUCAUUGAGUCUGUGGUCUACUGCCAUGGAGGACGGAUCGGAUUCUACCAGGGCGACAUCCGCCUCCUGCCAGACGACAUGAAGACCCUGCGGCCAACCAUUUUCCCUGUGGUGCCUCGACUGCUCAACCGCAUGUACGACAAGAUUUUCAGCCAGGCUAACAGCCCACUGAAGCGCUGGCUGCUCAACUUCGCUGCAAAGAGAAAAGGUGCUGAGGUCAGCAGCGGGAUCAUUCGCAGCGACAGCAUCUGGGACAAAAUCUUCUUCAGUAAGAUUCAGGCCAGCCUGGGAGGAAGGUUGAGGAUGAUUAUAACAGGGGCAGCUCCUACCUCGCCCAGUGUCCUGGGAUUCCUCAGAGCAGCUCUGGGAUGCCAGGUGUACGAGGCGUACGGCCAGACAGAGUGCACAGCUGGCUGCACCUUCACCACACCUGGAGACUGGACGCCAGGUCACGUCGGAGCUCCGCUGCCAUGUAACAUCAUCAAACUGGUGGACGUUCCUGAUAAGAACUACUUUGCCUCUAAGGGAGAGGGAGAGGUUUGUGUAAAGGGACCAAACGUGUUUAAGGGCUACCUCAAAGACCCAGAGAGGUCGGCCGAGACGCUGGACACAGACGGCUGGCUCCACACCGGAGACAUCGGCAAAUGGUUACCUAACGGCACGCUGAAGAUCAUCGACAGGAAGAAGCAUAUCUUCAAGUUGGCGCAAGGCGAGUACAUCUCCCCGGAGAAGAUCGAGAACAUCUACAUUAGGAGUGAACCUGUGGCGCAGCUGUAUGUUCAUGGAGACAGUCUGCAGUCCUGUUUGGUGGGGAUUGUGGUUCCUGACCCUGAAGUAAUGCCUGGGUGGGCCAAGAAGAAAGGCAUGCUGGGUACCUACAAGGACCUCUGUAAAAACACGGAGCUAAAGAAGGCAAUCCUUGAAGAUUUAGUGCGUUUGGGCAAAGCCAGCGGCCUCCACUCGUUUGAGCAGGUGAAGAACAUCUACAUCCACAACCAGAUGUUCUCCAUCGAGAACGGCCUCCUGACUCCGACGCUCAAGGCCAAGAGAUCCGAGCUGAAGGAGUUCUUCAAGGGGAAGAUCGACCAGCUCUACAACAGCAUCUCCAUGUGAAGGACUGUGGAGACCACGUUUUUUCCCUCGAGCAUCUUAACACUAAGAUCUGCUUUGACCGUCGACGUGCCAGCGGUCAGAGAUGCUUCACCUUGGGUUUAACCUGCUUCGGGAAAGCAAGUGAAACGUGGCUCUGCUUUGUAAGAUUUAACAGCAGCUAAAUAAAAACAAAUCAAACAAAGAAAUAAAGUGAAAGGUAGUGCACAACGUUGUGUGCAUGUCCUUGUUAUGUAUAUGCAUUUACUGUGUCAUAAUUAAAUGGAACGACAGGUUUUUAAAAAAGACAGUUAUUUAGCUUUUAGAAUCAAUAAUGGAAUUUAUUGCUUUUCAUUAUGACAUGAAUUUUUGAAGUCAAAUUUAAAAACAGAACAAAAACCCUGAUGGGCUGAAUGUGAGACCACAGUAUGGACACAUGUUGCAGUGUAUCUUGUUACGACUUUUGUUCUACCAACAGAAAAAGGAAAUUACUGUACUUUAGAAAUUUAUAGUGAGCGACCUUUUGUACCAUGAAGAUAUUCUAUCUUCUGUCGAUGUAGUAAUUAUAUAUACUGCAAGAUUCAUCCAUCCUUGAGUCUCAUGCCAGCAAUAAUUGGCUUAUUGUCCCUGUGCUGACCUGUGAUUGAGGAUUUUGGCACAAACAGAGUAAUGACAGUGCUUCGUUUGCACUGUUGUGUAAUACACCUCUUAACUUAGCUUCCUGUGUAUUUGUUUUUAAUGCGGCCUGGAAAAUUGAUGUCACAUAAUGAAUUGUGUUAUUGUCCAUUAAAUAUAAAGUUCUCAAUUUCGUUAUGACACAGUGUAAACACUGAACACACAUAUAUAAAUGUGUAUCGUUUUUUCUUCGUUUGACUUGUUCUCAUUUUUGCCACGAUUGAAUCUUCCAUACACCGCUACCUGCGAUCCACCCCAACAAACCAUCAAAUGCUCCGUCCCCAGCAGCACACACUCAUCAGCACUUUUACGUUGAGAAGUCCAACUCCUGUUUCCGGCUAACUCUGCUCCUCCAUCAGUUUCAACCCACCAGCCUGAACACUCAACCAAAAUCCACUGCUGGGCUUUGACAGCUGUGUCCAGUGUAGCCAGAGGAGAGGUGUAGAUGUGAGGGAAUACUGACACCCUGUGCAACCGGGGUGAACUGCAUCCCCAGUGGGGAACAGUUCACCUGAUCAGCUUAAGCAACAUCUGAAGUUAUAUUGAACCCCCUCCGAUUGUUGCACAAUUAGACCAAAAUCCACCUGUUCGAGAGCAGGAUUACGAUUGUAAGGAAUCACUGUUGUCGACACUGUUCCACUGUGGAGCAUCACAGUUUGUGUCGUGUCUCCACUCGUCUGUCAUCCGCAGUUUGGCAUGCAUGCUCCUCGUUUAUAUGAAGGACUUGCCCCACUGUAACGACCAUCAAAGUUCAGGCUGCACACUCGACACAUUCGAAUCUUUCAGUUUUUGUCCCGUCCAUCUUUUGCACAGAGAGUAUGAAUGACAGGUAAAAGGAAAACAAACAAAAAAACAGAACACGAUGCAAAAAGCAGAGCUCGGGGCAAUGCAUGCAGUUUGCCCUGCAGUGCUGGGACCGAUAGCAUUUGACUUGAAAAAUGGGCAACUUAUUCUUUGUGGCCAUUAAUAGCAGGUUUGUAUACAGCUGCCCCACAGCCACCGCUGCUAGUGCAAGGCUUUGUAACGUAGGCAAAGCCGAUGAAUUCCACUCACCGAAAGCGAACAGAACAUACAUCAACUUUUAAAACAAGUAAAGAAAUGAUUUUUUUCUCUGAAGGGGUUUACACAUAGAAAUAAUGUAUAGGCUUUUUAAGUUGAUUACCGUCCCAAAGCAUAAACAAUGUGGAUGUACAUAAAUGAGGACAGCUAGAUGUAAGCAUAUUUAUUAAAUCAAUGGUUUGAAUGGAUUUUUUUCUCUCUUUUUGCGUGUAGUGAGAUGAAUUGUAAUUAUUUAUUUAUCUAUUCUGCUGUAAAAUGGAAUCAGCACCAUAUCCUUGUAAUGAUUGAGUGCAGCAAUAGGGAUGAGGGAGGGCGGGGACUAGGAAAAAAGGGCAAUGAAAUAAAAGAUAUUCUGGAAUGAUUUUAAA